AUGUUCCCCAGCUACGACGAGCUCCCGACGGCCACGUCGCUGCUCAUGCAGUGCGGCUAUCGCAGUAAAGUCUGCACCAAAGCGCGCGCCACGAAGAUCGACGGCUCGCUGCACAAGCUCUGCGAGUUCCACCGCCGCAAGGCCAACGCCAACCAGCAGCGGCUGCACAAGCGGCAACGCGAGCAACGGCCCGUGGAUAUGGAGCUGCUGGAGCUGCUACUACAGGAUGCGCGACCGCAGCCGACCGCCACUUGUCCGCCAAACUCGCCCGUGUCCGUGGACGACGUGAGCUACAUCAUCGUGUGA